UUACACUUAGCAAAAUAUAACAUUGUAAAGGUGGGAAAAAUUAACUACAUUAGGAUAUCUCUAUUUAAUACCUUGAUUUUUAAUCAUAAUUCAAAAUGUUGACUCCAAGAUAUCAGGCCUAUGACAUAUCCUACACACGCAUGCUGAAGGUGUCCAACUACUUCCCCAAGGUCCACCCACGAGCUGUCAUAGAACUCAGAGGCAAUCCCUACCCACCUCUAUUCCCGAACAAGAAUGGAAACCGGAAUCUGAUUCACAACGUUCUGCUAGAGGAAGCCAAGAAACAAUUUCGCGCUGAAAAGUAUGAAGAAAUUGCAAAAAAUCUUGAGGAAAAAGCUGAAGCGGCCAACUCGGAAACUGAUUCAACGUCUUCUGAAUCACUGACAGCAAAUUCACAAACUGAAACAGCCACCCAAACUCUGGUUGAAGCCGAAUCUACUAAGGAAAUAGAACCUAAAGAGGGAUCUUCACAUCCUUCAAAAACCACAUCAUAGAUUUGUAGUAAGCAUUAAAGUAGUUAUUCAAUAUC